GCCAUAACAUUUAAACCCAGCGGAGGCCUCUGAGGGUUCCGGCGAACAAACAUGGACAGAGAAUGGGGAUCCAAGCCCGGCAGUGGCGGAGCCGCUUCUGCCCAGAACGAAGCAGUCGACCGCCGGGAACGGCUCCGAAGACUCGCCCUGGAGACUAUCGAUCUCGCGAAAGAUCCCUAUUUUAUGCGAAACCACCUUGGAAGCUAUGAGUGUAAGCUUUGCUUGACUCUUCACAAUAAUGAGGGGAAUUACUUGGCUCAUACACAAGGGAAGCGUCAUCAAACGAAUUUGGCUAAGAGAGCUGCUCGGGAGGCCAAGGAAGCUCCGGCACAGCCUCAGCCUCACAAGCGGAAAGUCAAUAUUCGUAAAACAGUUAAAAUUGGUAGGCCUGGCUACCGGGUGACAAAGCAAUUUGAUCCAGAGACCAAGCAGAGAUCUCUCUUGUUCCAGAUUGAAUAUCCUGAGAUUGAAGACCUUGCUAAGCCAAGGCACCGAUUUAUGUCGUCUUAUGAGCAGAGGGUCCAACCCUUUGACAAAAGAUAUCAGUAUCUUCUCUUUGCAGCUGAACCAUAUGAGAUCAUUGCUUUCAAGGUUCCGAGCACAGAGAUAGACAAGUCUACACCUAAAUUCUUCUCUCAUUGGGAUCCAGACUCAAAAAUGUUCACGUUGCAGCUGUAUUUCAAAACCAAGCCACCAGAAGGUAGCAAGCCUCCACCUGCUCCGGCUGCAAAUGGCACAGGUGCUCCUGGUGUUCCGCCAAGGGCUUUGCCUCCACCGCCUCCACCCCCACAAGGUCAAGCACCUGGUGCAUCAAUGGGAAACUCUCCUAGGGCCCCACCACCUGCAAUGCCUGGAUCCUUGCCACCACCACCACCUCCUAUGGCAAAUGGCCCCCAGCCUAUGCCUCCUGGUGGAGCUCCUCCUGCCCCUCCUCCGCCCCCCGCUGGUAACCCAAUGACAAAUUUUGGUUUUGGAGGCCAACAAAUGCCAAACCAGGGUAUUCGCCUGCCUCCACCACCUCCCAACAUGGGACACCAGAUUCCCAGGCCUCCAGCAUCCCAGUAGGCUUCCAAUACCUCUAGCGGUUAUGCAAAUUGGAGACACGGUUUUGCAAAUUAUGUCAUUUAAUCAUGCAUUCUGAAUUCUGUUUACCAUAUAUUACAAGAUGCAAAGCAAUGUUACCUUGUUAUUCUCAUCAAACUGGAAGUUAUAUCAGUUAUUUUUUGCAAGA